AUGGAUUUCUUCACGUCUGGAGGCAAGGACGACCCGAAUAAUGUCAGAGGAAAGCAACGAUCAACGACGCUCCAGAUCGAGCUGUCGGUAGCGCUUGGAGUACUUGCCUUUUUGUCGUUUUGCGUGCUGCGGCCGCGGUGGGACGGUCUCUAUGCAGCGAGGAAGAAGUCCAAGGACCAGGCCUCCGCUCUGCCCGAACUGCCCAACAGUCUCUUCGGAUGGAUGCUACCGCUAUGGCGUAUUACCGAACAACAAGUGCUCGCCUCGGCUGGACUGGAUGCCUACGUCUUUCUCCGCUUCUUCAAACUGGCCAUCAAGUUUCUGUCCAUCACCCUGUUCUUCUCGCUGGUCGUCAUCAAACCCGUCCACGACAGCUACCCCGACGAUGACAAGAAACACAGAAACUCGACCCUGCCUUUCGUGCCCGAUUACGAUUUCGACUACGAGUUGCGGAAGAGAAGCGAAUCGUUGAUGCCCCUGAACCAUUCUGCUCCGUGGAUGCCUGAGGUCGAGACAGAUUACCUGUGGAUGUAUCCCGUCUUUGCCUAUGUGUUCACCGGCAUUGCUCUAUACCUCAUCACCUCCGAGACACGCAAGAUCAUAGAAGUCCGCCAAGAAUACUUAGGCACCCAGACCACAAUCACCGAUCGCACCAUCCGUCUGUCCGGUGUCCCGCCAGAGUUGCAGUCUGAAGAGAAGAUCAAGGAUUUUAUUCAAGAGUUGGGCAUUGGUAACGUCGAGAGUGUUCUGAUGUGCCGCCAAUGGCUUGAGCUGGACCAACAUAUUAUCAAGAGAAACGACCUCCUUCGUCGUCUAGAAGAGGCAUAUACUGUCUAUCAAGGCCAGCGUUCUAUCGAGCGAAACCUGGAAGCCUUGCCGAUUGUACAGCCCGUGCCACCAGGUCCUACGGUCAACCCAGAAGAUGAUGAACACGACGAUGACGAACACCGCCGUCUACUUCGCUCCAACGAAGCAAUGCCUGCUCAGACACCGUACGCCAAAGUUCGUCCAAAGGCCAAGAUCUACUAUGGGCGCUUCAAACUGCGCAGCCGCCAAGUUGACGCCAUCGACUACUACGAAGAGAAACUCCGUGUGUGCGACGACGAGAUUAGGGAGUUGCGCACCAAGACCUUCGAGCCUGUACCCCUAGCCUUUGUCACGAUGGACAGUGUUGCUGCUUGCCAGAUGGCCUGUCAAGCUGUCCUCGAUCCUUCACCGUUGCAACUGUUGGCCAACCCCAGCCCUGCACCUGCCGACAUCGUCUGGACAAACACCUAUCUUAGCAGGAGAAGUCGCAUGUUCCGCUCAUGGUCCAUCACCGCCUUCAUCCUGCUGCUGACUGUCUUCUGGUCCGUCACAUUCGUCCCUAUUGCCACCUUUCUGAACGUCGACACCAUCCGCGAGUUCUUCCCCUCUCUUGCUGAAGUUCUUGACUCGCAUGCCUUGGUCCGUUCUCUUGUCAUCAACCAACUGCCCACCAUCGCUGUUACCCUACUCAAUGCUAUCGUACCCUAUCUAUACGAUUGGCUCUCGAAUUGCCAAGGUAUGACAUCCCAAGGCGACGUCGAGCUCUCGGUCAUCUCCAAGAAUUUCUUCUUCACCUUCUUCAACUUCUUCAUCGUCUUCACCAUUCUCGGUACAGCUUCGAAUUUUUACGACCAGUACAAAGAUAUCGGCAAGAAUCUUAGAGACACGACAAGAUUUGCAUGGACUCUCGCAUCUUCCCUACAAGAACUACUCGCCUUCUAUACAAACUUCAUCAUCCUCCAAGGUCUCGGUCUGUUCCCAUUUAGGCUUCUGGAAAUUGGUACCAUGGCUCUCUAUCCUAUCGGGCUCAUGGGAGCCAAGACGCCCAGAGAUUACGCCGAACUCAUACAGCCCCCUCGUUUCAGUUAUGGCCUUUACCUUCCUCAAACUAUUCUCAUCUUCAUCAUCUGUGUUGUCUACAGUGUGUUGAGAGAUAGCUGGAAGGUCAUUCUGUCUGGCCUGGUUUAUUUUCUCAUUGGAAGUUUCGUGUACAAGUACCAGCUUCUCUACGCAAUGGACCAUCGCCAACACUCUACUGGCAAGAGUUGGAUCAUGAUUUGCGAUCGUGUACAAAUUGGUAUAAUUUUGUUCCAGAUCACCGUCGGUGGGCAGCUCGCACUCAAGAAGGCUUUGCUGAGAAGUGUCAUGCUGGUACCUCUUGUAGUCGGCAGCGUCUGGUUCUUCCUCGUGUUUGGCAGAACCUACAAACCUCUGAUGGAGUUUAUCGCGCUCAAGAGUGUCAGAAGAGCAGAACACGCAGAUUACGCAUCGGCAGAACAACACGGAGUCGACUCCGACAACCAUCACCGCUAUCAGCAAGAGUCCAAUCAUGGAUUGACGGUAGACGAAUCGAGAGAACGCGGCAUGCGAUUCAUCAACCCCAGUCUGAUCUCUCCGCUCGAAAAGGUAUGGAUCGCGGAUAGCAUGCGCAGCCGCAGCAGCAGACCCACACAGAUGGCGGCUGGAGAUGACAGCAACGCUUGA